AUGAGUUACGCCAAUAAACUAAAAGCAGGCGCAUUCGCUCCUCCCCCUCCAGUUCCUCCCGCCGCCACCGCCGCCGCCGCUGCCGCUGCUGCCGCCUCUUCCACUAAUGAAUAUGGUAUCCAGGACACUUUGGUCCGUGUCAACGCCCCGUCUUACAACACUGGCAAUGGUCGUGCUGCCACGAGGGUCACUGCUCUACUUGUCAUUGACUUGGAAUGGAAACACUUGGUGCUUACCAGCGAUUUGGGCAGUGAAAUGCUUUUCCAAAUCCAUCAAAACCGUAACGAUGUUGAGCUGACACCCGACAAGGCCCGUGUCUCCAAAAAUCAGUGCGUGCAAUUCCUGCGAGAAUUCCUCCUUUCGAAGCCUUAUGUCGACGUUUGCCUGGUUGAGCAGCCUUUCAUGGAUGUAAUUGCCACCCAUUCCGUCUCGACUACGGUUGAGCAUAACGGUUUUCACCGGGCUCUUUGUCUCUACAAUGACAAUGACCCACAACCAACACAAUCAAUUUUUAUGGGCGCUUACUUGGACAAAAACAUCGAUGUGCCGUCCAAGGAGUAUCUGGGCGUGGAAACUCACUUCAAAGUGGAGAAAGAGGACUACUGCCUCUAUGGCAAUCCAAAUGCGGACGUUUGGUGCGAAUGUAACCAUCAAUUCGAGCCAUCUAGAUGUCAUUCGGGUUCACUCGACCUUUGA